GAGGCGUGUCCCUGCCGGAAAGGGCGUGCCGCCGUCGCCGGAAGUGGCUACAGGAGCUGCAGGGUGUGUAUGUGUGGUGAUAUAGCGAAGCGGGCUGCCGCGCGCCGAGACGGUUGUUCCCCUCAGAACCGAAUCUUUGGAAGCCUGAGCCUCCUCGUCCUCUGCUUGGCCUUAUUGCUUUUGCGUCAGAGUCCCGCCAUCUAGUACCACAGAAAACAAGCUCCCUCGAUCUUUCAUAUGACAGUCUAUCAAAUAUUGGAAGAAAGAUUGUUAUUUGCAAAAAACAUAUCUGUCUAUAAGAACCAGGAAUCUGUUAUUCAGGCUCUGUGAAGUCAUUCACAUAUUGCUUUCCCCUGGAGCUGUGAGCACCACAUAGCUAGAAAGGAAUCAAUAUGGAUAAAAGUGAGCUGGUACAGAAGGCCAAACUAGCUGAGCAGGCAGAGCGCUAUGAUGAUAUGGCUGCAGCUAUGAAGGCUGUCACUGAGCAAGGACAUGAGCUGUCCAAUGAAGAAAGGAAUCUACUCUCUGUUGCCUACAAGAAUGUGGUUGGUGCUCGGCGCUCUUCCUGGCGUGUCAUUUCCAGCAUUGAACAGAAAACGGAAAGGAAUGAGAAGAAACAACAGAUGGGAAGAGAAUAUCGUGAGAAGAUUGAGGCUGAAUUGCAGGACAUCUGCAAUGAUGUUCUGGAACUGCUGGAUAAGUACCUUAUUGUUAAUGCCACGCAACCGGAAAGCAAGGUCUUCUAUUUAAAAAUGAAAGGUGAUUAUUAUAGAUACCUUUCAGAGGUGGCAUCUGGAGAGAACAAGCAAACAACAGUAUCAAAUUCGCAACAAGCCUAUCAAGAAGCCUUUGAAAUCAGCAAGAAAGAGAUGCAGCCAACACAUCCUAUUCGACUUGGCUUGGCACUCAACUUCUCUGUGUUCUACUAUGAGAUACUAAACUCUCCGGAAAAAGCUUGUACUCUGGCAAAGACAGCAUUUGAUGAAGCAAUAGCUGAACUGGACACACUGAAUGAAGAAUCUUACAAAGACAGCACUCUGAUUAUGCAGCUACUUAGAGAUAAUCUUACUCUAUGGACAUCGGAAAACCAGGGAGAUGAAGGGGAAGCUGGGGAGGGCGAGAACUAAUGGCUGUCACACUUCACUAUAUGUUUAAUGUCACUCUGUAUCCUACACAUUAUAUCCCUUUGUGCGACAAGCAAAAAGAAUAGUACAUCGACUUCACAACCUCAACGUAGCAAACUGUCUGUGGGGUAAAAACAAUUGGUUGGUGUUCUGUGUACGUAAAAUGGAAUCAGUUGAGCAAUGGUAUUCUGAACCUUUCCUAUUAUGAACACUUGCAGUUAUGAUUACUGUGUUUAUAUUUUUUUUAUCUGAACACUGUGAUUAUGGGUUUUGCAAUUGCAGAGGAGUUUACAAAACUAUUUAAUGGAGAAAUAGACACAAAUCAUGUAAUUCUUUGGAGGAUUAUAAUCUGGUAUCAAAGUUGUUGAAGUACAAUUCUGUUGUAAAGUUGUAUAGAAAAUUAUAAAGAUUAUAUUGUGACACUGCAACAUGGAAGGGAAACAAUUUAUUGUGUGGCAUUCCAGUUCAGUAGCUCACUUGUGGAUUUAAUAGGCACAUUCAUUCAGAUUUUUUAAUUUGUUUUUUGAAAUAAUGAUGUUGGACAAACUGCUUUUCAGCCAAAUGCUCAUGUAAAUGUAACCUUUUAUGCGUCUUCAGUUCAAGGCAGGGGAUAAUGGCAACUUAACUCAAGGCUCUCUAAUAGUGGCAAAAAACUGGGACUUUGUGUCUGGACAAAUAUUCCAGAGCUUUUAAUAUGGGCAACGAGCCCUUUCCCACAGCAGUGAGACCAGUAUUUGCAGUGUGGACAAUUCUGCACAAUGAAUUUUCAGUGCAUUAAUAUGGCAUUUCAGCAAGACAUAUUAACUUCUAUGGCCUUACUAGUUGCUGGGUAGUCAUGCUGAAUAGGAGUUCUCUUCCCACUUUUGAUAGUACUGCUAAAUAAGAACUCUCUUCCCACUUAAGAAUGUUAACAACCUGAAUCUCCCUCCUCCCUUCAGGUCAAGGCCUUUAUCUUUGAAUAUUUGACAGUGAUCUUCUUUGUAAAGUAAAUAUUUUUUUGUAAAGUAAAUAUUUUUUGUCACGCUGCUUCGGUUUAAAGUCAGGGCUUUUGUGUGCAUGGUGGUAAUCUGUGCUGGUAGAAGAAUCAUAAAUAUAUUGGAGUACAAAUCCCAUAUAGAUGCUGAGGAGCUGCCAGUGCAGUUUCAGUUCUCAUAUCUUAGCAUUUGCCACUCUUGAGUCAUAAUGAGGAUCAGGCUCUUAUUCAAGAUUCCCCAGAGCUGCCUUAGAAAUAUAGAUCAUAAAUGUGUGUAUUAUUUGUUAGCUUAAGGUACUAAAAUUCUUAACUGCUCAAUUUUUCAUAAAUAUGUCCAGUCAAAGAUUAGAAUUCAAUAGGAGUUGCAUGAAAAAUGCAGUGGAAAGAUUUCAGUACUCACCCUCAGUCUUUCCAGUAUCAUUCCUCUGCCUUCAACAUUCCACUUAGCUCAUAGAAUCUAUCUGUUUGUCUGUUCAUUUGUCUGCUGAAGAGAGAAAUUCAUGCACUGACUUCAAAAUUCCCCUCUACUAGCUGAACAAAUUGUGCAGUUAUACAUGGCGCUUUGAUAUAUGCAGUAGUGAAUGUGGAACCGAGCCUGUCUGUAUAUCUGGUAGCUCUUUUUGCUUUGUUUCUACUGACCAGUAUUUUGCCUAAAGUUUGCUUCUGUGACGGUUGUAUUGCCUAGCACACAUGUGGUUGUGAAAAUAGUAUAGCAAAAAGAAAAACCUGGUUAUCGAUGUACUAGAUUUGUGUAUGUCUUUUAACAGUUCUAGCUUCACCUUACACGAUCAGGAAAGUGUAAAACAAUUCAAAGACAAUAAAAAAUUUUAUCAGUUG